CAACUUAGUAAAUAAUUUCUUCCCACUCUUAAUUUAAAAUUUAAACCACUUAUUAGGCUAACUAUGUAUAAGAAAUUGCGUACAUUUAAGGAAAAAUUACAUCUAAGCUAUUAAUACAGCAUAUUUUAAAAGAUUUAAAAAUUCUAGUUAGUUAUGACCAAUGAAGAACCCUGCAAAAGUGUAUGGAAUAAAUUUUGUGACUCUGUAAAUAGUGGAGUAUUUUGGACUUCCACGGAAUUUAAAUCAGCAUGUCCUCCGAAAAAGAAAAAGAAAAAGCCGGACGAAGAACUCAGUAAGGGAGUGAAAUUAUCAGACGAAGAUACAAAAGAUGGUGUAGAUCCCUCGAGUUCAAAAAAAUUGCCGUAUCAACGUCCUAGUGAUAUUUGCCCCGAUGUUAAAUCUUCUUGUUAUAUUAAAAUGCAGGAUCCUUGUAGGCCAUGUUGUUGCGAUGAUAAACCAAAGCCACCACCUUGCCCGCCAAAUAGCCGCCCACAACAAUCACGGGAACCAAUCUGUGGUUGCGAACUUUGUCAGAAAAAUCCUAAUCAUGAGAAAUGCUGUGAUAAGAAUAGAGCAUUUCGCGGUAUAGAUAUCAAUCGUGAAUAUUUCGAGAAAGCAUAAAAUUUUGUUUUAUUAUAUGUCGGUUUAUAUGCUCUAUAUGAAGAAUGAAAUUAUUAAGAAGUGAUGUCACUUAUUAUAUUUUAUUAAAUGUAUUUAAAUAAUACAUAUACGUGCAUAUAGAAAGAUAUAAAAUAUUUCGUUAUCAAUAUCCUUUCCAAUACUAUAAAACGAUCAAGAAGUAAAUUUCCUUCUUCUUUCAUACAAGAGAAAUUUUCAUACACUAUUUACUUUUCUAUCAAU